AUGGAAUCCCCAAAUAUCCGCCCACUAACAGUACGUAACAUGAAGAUGAGCCGGCUGGACAGCCUGACAGCAAGCCAAGCGGACUUCGACGCCAUUAUGCCGAGCCCUCGGGCCAAUGGGACGAUGCUUAUCGACCUCUUCGCCCAGUACAACCUCUCAGGCUCCCACUCCAUCGUCAAAGACCGGUGCUUUGCCAUCCAGUUCCGCCUCUUCGCCCGAUAUGAUGGAGGAAGUUAG